AUGUCUUCAGGCGGCAACAAGAACACCCAGAGCUACCCGCUUCACCCCUCGCAAUACGGCGCGGAGGGCCUGCCCGGUCCAAACUUUGAAGGCAGCAUCUUUGGCACCAGCAGCCACCAUUAUGACAAGCUUCACGGCAAAGAUAACAAAAGCAGUGGAAGCGCCAACAGCGGCACUACCAACAACGGCAGCACCAAUAGCGGCAGCAACAACAGCGGCGACAAGAAGUCAAGCUCUUCGUAA